GCUGGGGAUGCUGUGGCCGCCGCUGCUCUGGGCGGCGCUGUUCGGGCUCGCCGCCUCGCACCUCCCCGCCACCGGCCAGGUGCAGCCGCAGCCCAACGAGCCGGAGCCCGAAUUCCUCCAGGCGUUGGAGAACAUGACGGCGUCGCAGGGCAGAGACGUCCAGUUCACCUGCAUCGUCGACCACCUCGGGCCGUACAGGGUGGCGUGGAUCAAGUCGGACACGAAGGCGAUCCUGGCCAUCCACACCCACCUGGUGGCGCACAACCAGCGGCUGAGUGUCACGCACAACGGCCACAACACGUGGCGCCUGCACGUCAACAACGUCCAGCCCGCCGACAACGGCACCUACAUGUGCCAGAUCAACACCGAGCCCAUGCGCUCUCAGCUCUUGGGGAGGCGCCUGCGCAGCUGCCUGCAGCUGACCCGUCUAUGUCUGUUUGCAGCUGUGCGCUCGGUGGCCGGGCCGCUCCUGCAGCUGGCGGGCGUGAUGCGGCAGGACAUGGGCACCUACCUCUGCAUCGCCACCAACGGGAUACCCCCGUCCGUCAGCAAACGCUUCCAGAUACAGGUUCACUUCGAGCCGCUGAUCAAGGUGUCGAACCAGCUCGUGGCCGCGCCCAUCUACAGCGACGUGGUCAUCCAGUGCUACGUGGAGGCGUCCCCCAAGGCCAUGAACACCUGGUGGCGAGAGGGAGCCGCCAUCCUCGGGGGCCCGGCCGGCGCGCGCGAGAUGGACAAGCUGGUCCAGGGCGACAAGUACAUCAUGCAGGAGAUCCAGCUCUCGGACUACGCCGUCCUCAUGAACCUCACCAUCCGCGAGCUCUCCAAGAAGGACUUUGGCGGCUACGUCUGCUCCUCCGUCAACGUCCUGGGCAAGGCCGAGGGCAACAUCCGCCUGCAAGAGCUGCACCUGCCCGCCAGCCCGAGCACCUCGACGACGACCACGCCGCCCCGGCACUCGCACGAGUCGAGCGGCAAGCACCGGAACCGGAACAAGAACACCAACUCGAGCAACACCAACAAGACGCCCGCGCACAGCAAGGACCCGCUGGCCAAGCCCGCUCCCAAGGGCGGCAGGAAGGGUGGUGGCGCCGAGGACGCCGCCGGGGGGUCGGCGUCGUCGUCCUCCACGGAGCAGCGCAACACGCAGACCACGCUCAACUGGGACGCGGCGGGCGCGACGCGGACCCCGCCGCGCAGGAAGCCGGACCGGUGGAACGAGAUCCCGGGGUCGUCGUCGGCGACCUCGCUGCGCCCGGGGCUCGUCGCCGUAGCCCUGCUGCUCCUCGUCGGCCGGCGCUGAGGUGCAAAAAGGCGUCGCGGUCGUCGUCGUCGGCGUCCUGGCGUGCCCCAGGUGUGUGGGUCGCGCGGCGAUCAAUUCGAAUGAACUCGAAUAUAAACUCGAACGACAAUAAGAAAGGGGUUGUUAACCCGGCCCGAAGUCCCCGGAGGAAAGCCGUCGUUGGACUCGAGUCGGAACUGCCUCUCGCCGAGCUCGGCAACGGAGGAAGGCGCUGUAAUUGCUCUGCAAACCCGUUUAAAACGACAAGUUAUUGAGUUUUGUGAUGAAGUAGAGUCGCGCCGGUGCGAGCGAUAUCGUUGUAGAGGUUGCGGCGUGGGGCGCCGCCUCCGUGUCGAAUUGUGAUGUUUAACUUAUUAUUGUGACUGCGUUAUCAUAUUGUUGAUAUUUGUUAUUGUUUUGGCUUUGGGGAGAUUUUUUCGUAUGGGGAUGGCGUCGUCGCUAACGGGAUGAAGUGCUUCACAAUCAUGAAUUUUGGUCAAUUUUUAAAAAGAUGCAGCUUUAGCUUCAGGAUUAGAGAGACCUUUUUGUCAAUUCAGAUACCAUCCGUGGCCGUUUAUUGGCAAAAGUGACCAUAUUAAUAAGAAAAAGAUAAUAAUCAUUACCUACAGUGGUCGAAAUUUACUAAUACUAUGCUCUGUGUAGUUUGAGUUUAUUCAGACUGUUAAGUGUAGCAUUAUUCGUGCGGGAUCACGAGUUGGAGGGAGGGCCCCGGAGGGCCCAUAGUGCAAAUGGGGUACCCAAUCGAAAUCGAAAGAGAAAUGAAACGAUGUUUUCAGUACAGCAAAAACGACAUCGUUUCAAUGUCGUUUUGGGAUCGUUUCAAGUAGUUACCAUUUUGCACUGGGGAGAAUGCUUAAAUUAUACUUCAGUGUUGUCGUUUUGGCGCUUAAGCGAGACGAUUGUCGCGAUCGGGCAAAAAGAAGCCAAAAAUAUUCUGACUGCUAUCGCACCAGUUACGACGUGUCAUUGACGUGUUCGGAAUGAGGAAUAUUUGCCUUAAAAAAAAUAACCAUGACAAUAAUUUUUAAA